AUGACUGUCGACUUCCGCCUUCCGCCCUCCGCCCUCUUCGCCUUUCCGCCCGACUCCCGCCCCGCCGUCCUCCCGCCCGCCCCGGAGUCGCUCUCCUGGCACCGCCCCUUCAACGUCCCGCCGCGCCUCUACUCGGCUCUCCUGCAGCCCCUGGUGCCCCUCGCCAUCGCCGCGACCUACGCAGUCACCGUCUCCUGCAUCAACCGCCUCAAUCGCAAGAGAGACUACCGUCCCUGGGCCAUCAGCAAGACCCGCCCCUUCAAGCUCUUUGUCGUGCUGCACAAUGUCUUCCUCGCCGUCUACUCCCUCUGGACCUUUCUCGGCAUGAUCCGCGCCUUUCGUCUCUCCUGGCCGGACGCUGCCGCCUCUGCCUCUUCCGGACGCGCUGCCGCCAUCGUAGACUGUCUCUGCAAGAUCAAUGGGCCCCGCGGACUCGGCAAUGCUGCCGUCUACGACACCGCUGCCCACCGCUGGACCAUGACCAACCCGGACUCUGGAUACCACCUCACUCCCGAGGGAUUCCCUGAUGCCACGGAUGUCGGCCGUCUCUGGAACAGCGGGCUCGGCUACUUUGGUUUCCUCUUCUACCUCUCCAAGUUCUACGAAGUGCUCGACACCGCCAUCAUCCUGGUCAAGGGCAAGCGCUCCUCGACUCUGCAGACAUACCACCACGCGGGGGCCAUGAUGUGCAUGUGGGCUGGCAUCAGAUACAUGGCCUCGCCCAUCUGGAUCUUUGCCCUCUUCAACUCUCUCAUCCACGCCAUGAUGUAUACGUAUUAUACAUUGACGGCACUGAGGGUUAAGGUGCCCACCAGGAUCAAGCGCUCUCUCACCACGAUGCAGAUUGCCCAGUUUGUAGUUGGCACCCUCCUCGCCGCGGCUCACCUCUUCUUCACCUACUCCGUCCCCGUCCAGGAAGCCCACCCCGUCGCCCUCCGCCCUCUCACCGAAACCAUCCCGGCAGAGCACACCUCGGGCCUCUUCCCAUGGCUCAAGAAGCUCGCCUUCCGGGCUGCAGGCGCAGAAGGGGUCGCCUCCAACGUCCUCUCGGCCAACCGCACCCUCUUCGGCCCCGACGGCACCCACGCCGCCCACGCACUCAUCAACCACCGCGAACUCCGCCAGGAAACUCACCAGGCUUCCGUCCCUUGCAUAAACACUUCGGGCCAAGCAUUUGCCAUCUGGCUUAACCUUGUCUAUCUCUUGCCUCUUACCUUCUUGUUUGUCCGCUUCUUCAUCCGCUCGUACCUUCGCCGCACCAACGAGCACCAGCACCAUGCAGCCGAAAAGGCUAUCAAGGAUGUCACCCGCGAGAUCACCAAGGCCGUCAACGAGAUGCAUGGAAACACCUCCGAUGGGCCUUGUUCCGGAACUUCCACCCCCAGACCAGAGAAGGCUUACGAAGCUAACGCCCUCGACUUGCUCAACCGGAAGCAGCGCAUCGCUGAGAGAGAAAUCACCCAGCCAGCCACUGCCACUUCUACCGCCACUUCUACUGCCACUGAUGUAGACACAGCUACACAGGAACAAAAGUACGAAGCGAAUCUCAAGGACGUUAUGAACGCCCAGGAAAGAGACAUUGACAGCCAUCCGGAGGACUCUACCGCGUUAAACCUCGACAAAGAAGCGGCUGCUUCUUCGCCAUCUCACUCCCAGCGUAGGAAGAAGAAGAUCGGCAGACGCCAUUAA